CUGAACACAUAUUUUAUUAAAUAUUUUACACCACAUGGUUUAAAUAUAAAAUAAUAUGCGAAAUGUAGUGAAGCAGAAGUUAUUUUGCACUACUGCAUUCAGAGUGAGAAUCAUCGAAGACGUCACACACACACAUUAAACCACACAAACAGACACAGUAACACACUGUGUGGCCCCUUCCCGACCCCCCAACAGCUCCGUCACAGAGUCACACUGUGUGCGUCAAACUGGACAGUAAACACACACACACACAGUCACAGGAUGGCUGCUGUCUCGCCUCCACGCUGUAGGACACCUCAGACCUUCAUCAUCGUCUUCUUCGUCCUGUCAGGUGGACACUUUUCGUCUGUUUCCUGUUUUAAAGUGGCGGAGGGCGGUGUGGCCUCUCUGUCCUGUCAGUACUCUGUAAAGCGUUUCGGUCUGAGUCGGGUCUGCUGGGGUCGUGGCUGCGGGACCUUCUGGUGCAACAACAUCCUGGUGCAGACGGACGAAAAUGGUGUCAUCUCCAAGGUCGCAGACCGGUACCGGCUAACGGGAGAUGUCCUGGAUGGACAAAUGGACCUGGACAUCCUAAAUGUGAGGCGGACGGACAGCGGACCGUACUGCUGCAGGGUGGACAUCGACGGUAUCUUUAACGACAAGAAGGUGAUCAUGAACCUGAGAGUGGUCAAAGCUCCAGUCACCAGUUCUCCGCCUCCAACAACAACCAUGACAGCAACAACCGAUCGAGUGACGGAGCCAUGGACCUCCACAGUAAACUGGAAGUUCCUGCUGUCGUCUCAGCUAGACCUUCUGAGGAAGAACUCCACAAUGUUGCGCUCGGACACCAUCACUAUGGAGGACUCUCUGCCAUCUCUCUCUCUUCAGAUCAAUGUUCCCAUACUCUCUCUCUCGCUCAGUGUGUUGCUGAUCUUGGCGGCGGUGUUUCUCUUUCUGGCCUUCAAACGUGGAAUAUACAGAAGAGCCUUAAAGAGCGGCUGUUUCUCCUCUGAAGAACCUCCUCACAUCAUCUACGAGAUCCGGAUGAGAAGACCGGUCCAAGAGAACAUCUACACUCUGGACUAGCGAACCUCAUUAUCCUACAAAACACAGAAAUGAUACAGAUUACACUAUCCAUAAAUCUAUAUGUGUUUAUGUUUUCAGUUCACAGUACAGCACCGGUGCAGUAAAAAUCACCAUCAUGUUAACACAUUUUUUCAUCCUAUAUCUAGUUGUCCAUGCAAAGGAGGAAAAAACAUUAAAUCAUUUGCUGUUCUGGUCAUCUUCACGUUUAUAGUUUUGCAAAACAGCCACACAGCUGCAAAGCUAAACAUCAGAACUGUAAAUAAAUUCUAGACCCGACCUGACAUGUCAAGACAUGACCAAAAGGCGAUCAGACCUGACAACAAGGAACUGAAUAAAUUUUUUGUUUUGUUUUUAAAUGACAGAGGACAGAAGCACCCUCCAUGUUAUAUAUUAUGUUCACUUAUAAUACUUUUUUUUGUUGACGUAUCUAAACAAAUGCUUUACAGAACCCAUGAAAAUAAAACAACAAAACAAAGAUAAAAGAUGAGUGUACAACCAUACGGACAUUACAAAAAAACUCACAGUAAACUGAACUUUCUGAUCUACUCGAGCCUGAGGGCCCUACAUCACCAAUCUCUACCCGGGUAUAACAAGCGAGGCUCGAGGACCAUGCUGAGUUAAUAAUCUUAAAAUCAUUCCUUAAUUUGACUGGAAACCAAUACAGGGAGGAAAGAUGGGGUGAUAUGUGACAUAUGUAAGUUCAAACAGCUGAAGCCACUGAGACAUGUCCGACAAGCAGUCCAUGCGCAAAAAGACAAAGGCAUGAAUAAUCUUUUGUAGGUCAGGAAAAGACAAAGCUGAUUUCAUUUUGGUUUCGAAGUUGAGAAUGUGAUGUCUAGAUCUCUGGCUGAAGCUUUCAUGUUGGUUGCUGGAUACAUUUCUUAACUUUUUAAAUCUUUGGGGGUGUUAUACUCCCUGUGUCUCGCACUCUGAUUUAAUUCUACACGCAGCUGUGUGUUGAGAUGCUUUCUGAGCAGGAUGCUGCUGCUGUUGUGUUUUAUCCGUGUUUCCUGUGGUAUAACCUGCCUGAACUCUCAAAACAAGCUGAAUAAAAACCAAUCGAAAGACAGAUGUGUGUGUGAAAAAAAAUGUUGACAACAUAAACCACAUUGAACCACAUUAGGGGUGUCAUGAUAUACUGUACAGGUAUAGACAAUAACCGUGAUAUUUAAAAAAUGAAAUACUGAUAAGAUGUUAAUAAUACACACAAUAACGAUUAUGAAAACAAUCCAGCACCUCCUUCCAGUCUAUAUCUAUAGUUCCUACUCUGUGUUAUUGUUAUUUUUGUACAUUUAUUGUUACAGACUCUCUCUUCACCUCCACACACUUGCAUUCUGACUGCAGUUCAUUUGAGAAUAGUCUCUUUUCUCAAGAGCACAAGGGAGGGUUUUUUUUUUUACUCAAUUAUUCUAUAGAUAUUGUGAUUAUAGUGUAAUUGUAAAUUCAUUCGACCAUGAUAAUCAUGUUGUUAAAAUCGGAUUCUUAACAUAUACAGGGGUCCAAGUCCAAGGGUGAUAUUACAUUAAAGUACAUCUUCUUUUGAUAAUAUACUUGGAUUUGGUAAAAUAUUCUGCACACUGUGUGAACUUUUAUACGUUCUUAAUAUUCAGUUACUUACACUUCGGAUUCUUAAUCCAUUGGACAAAAAAAUAGUUUUCUGUGAAGUAAAUGUAAAUGUGAUGAGAGCCUUUAGUUUAAGGACCUGUGUAGGACUGUCCACACAUCAAAUAAGUUCACACCUAUAGAGUGUUUGCAGAGUAGAAACAAGACCUCCGAACUGUGACUCAUACUCACUGUUUAACAUUCCUUUGUUUAAUACAAGCCUGGAGUGUAUGUUCACCUCCAUGAGAAGAGCAGCCUGUGGGCAGGGCCUUACUACAACAUACAUCAUCUCAUGUUAAUGUAUGUCAUAAUAUUGAACGAGUCAAGACAGGGUUAAUGAACGUCACAGAGGCUAUAUGAAAUUACACUAUGAGCUGAGGUUUGAUGCUGAGUGAAUAAAAACAUUUUUCAAAAUGUCUUCAGUACUGGGAUUUCAAAGCACUCAGAUUUAAUAACACAUACAUCCCAAACUACUGAAUGUGACAGGCCGAAGCUUUUUGCUCAUUUCAACUGCCCCCCAAACAUCAACCAGCCAGUUUGAACCAAAAUAACUUUGAAAGCAGAGGAAUUAAACUCUGGAAAAAGUCCCUGUUGCAUACUACUGUCUGAAGAAGGUCAAGGAAAUUAGACCAA